GCGACGCUAGUUAGCACGAAGCUAAGCUGGAUGUUAACGCGAAUCGGAUCACCUGAACGCCACAAACUCAAUAUUUUACCCGGAUUCAAAUCAACGGACUGCGAUACCUUAUGAUUAAGUUUUUGUUUUCGAAUUAAACAAGAUGUCUACCCCAGCACGACGGCGUUUAAUGAGGGAUUUUAAACGACUGCAGGAGGAUCCUCCAGCAGGAGUUAGUGGAGCCCCAUCAGAAAAUAACAUCAUGGUCUGGAACGCUGUCAUUUUUGGUCCAGAGGGGACACCUUUUGAAGAUGGAACUUUCAAACUUACAAUAGAAUUCACAGAAGAGUAUCCGAACAAACCACCCACAGUUCGAUUUGUAUCCAAAAUGUUUCACCCCAAUGUUUAUGCAGAUGGUAGUAUAUGUUUGGACAUUCUUCAGAACCGCUGGAGUCCAACAUAUGAUGUUUCUUCAAUUUUAACAUCUAUACAGUCUCUACUGGACGAGCCAAACCCAAACAGUCCUGCCAACAGCCAGGCGGCUCAGCUGUACCAGGAGAACAAGCGAGAGUAUGAGAAGCGCGUGUCUGCCAUUGUGGAACAGAGCUGGCGGGAUUGUUGACCCCAAACAGUACACAGUGUAUGGACAAUACUCGGCCUCAGCUAUCGAAAGGAAAACCCAUCACGUAAAGAAUCAAAUAUAUACACAUUAUGUUUUGAAUACUGUUCUUACUCUGUAGAGUUGUCUUAUGUAGCUGUUGCAAGGUUAGAGUGCUGUUGUGUCAUAUGGCCUACCCAUCUUCAUGCUGAAUCCUGCUCGUGGACAAUGUUUUCUUCAUUUAACUGAACGUACCUUGCCAUCUCAAGGUUACAAGCCCGCCCGCCCUUUGAUUUGUGUGUGAAAGCUUUGAUCUCUGUGCAGGAGUUUGUCAUGAAUGUCUAUGCUGUCUAGUUUUGGUUUGAUCCUAACUGAUUACUAACUGGAUGCUCAGGUUGUGGGUUCCAGUGAAUCAAGCUUUAUUGAAGAUCCUUGCUUGCAUCUGUUGGUUUCUUUAUAUAUUUGUUACAAAAUACUUUUUUUUUUUAUUGACCUCAGUCCAGUUUUAUUGUCAAGGUGUUUGAGGAAGAACGCCAAAGUACAGAAUAUCAUGUCAAUCUAAAUUUCUUUAUUUUAAAACUUAGAUGCUAUCACACUUAUAAUCUGAAAACAGUUUAUAUAUAAAGUUGAUGUGCUACAAAAAAAGUUUUAAUUUCUUUUUAAAAAUGUAUGGGAGUUGAUUUAAUUUGAAAUACAACUGUUUUCCCCAAGUUCAUGUACAAAAAAAAAAGUGUGCUAAUUUUUGAAUUUUAUAUAUAUAUAUAUAAAUAUAUAUAAAUAUAUAUAUAUAUAAUGGCUGAUAAGAGCUAUGCCUUCAUUUUAGAAGCCUUUAUCCCAAGCCUAGAAUCUGAGCUAUGAAACACUGAUAAUGAUAUUUCCAGUCUAUUGAUUUUGACUUGUUCAAUCCCGAUUGCAUGACUAUUUGGCCAUUUUCUUCAGUUCUUGCGGUUCCCUCUGGCUUAAUUAUUUCAUUGCCUGGGCAUGAUGCUGUUUGCUUUUAUGUGAUAUUCAUUUGAAUUCUUUAGGGUCAUCACUUUUCAAAUGCCCAUCCAGAGUUUGAGUUGGAUUUGUACUUGUACUCAAUGUAAAACUGUACAUUUUCUCACUUCUUGUAAAUAAACAGUAAAUUAA